UAUCCCCUUUGUUGAAUGAUAGACAAGGAUAGCAAAACCAUUGCCGGCCAUCGCAUGCCUGAUGUAGGAUGCAACGGCAAGGAGAUGCUUUACAAAGAUGCGGACGUCGAAGACGAGAAGAAAGAGCAGCACAAAAGAGAAGAAGAUGACAACAACGAACGAGGAGAGGAGGAGGAGGAAGAAGAAGAAGAGGAGGAUGAGGGUCUGACAGCCCUUGUGGCAGUACCCCCUGACGGGGGUUGGGGGUGGGUGGUUGUUUUUGCAUCGUUCUUCUGUAACGCUCUAGUGGAUGGACUUGUAUUUUCGUUUGGCGCGUUUUUGAGUCAGAUACCUGAGUCCCUAAACGAGAGCAAAGCGGCUGUUUCGCUGAUUGGAUCACUGUUGUCUGGAUUCUAUCUGAUUGCUGGUCCAGUAGCAAGCGCCCUAGCCAACCGCUACGGAUUUCGUUCAGUAACCGUUGUCGGCAGUGCUAUAGCAUGUACAGCUUUCGCCAUAUCUUCAAUUUCAAACAGUGUGGCCUCUCUAUGCUUUUGGUAUGGACUAGUUGGAGGUCUAGGAUUCGGCCUAAUCUACGUGCCGGCAGUGAUCUCAGUGGGCUUCUACUUCGAGCGAUGGCGAGCCCUGGCUACUGGAAUAGCCAUGUGUGGAUCUGGCAUAGGCACCUUUGUGUUGGCACCCUUCACCACAUAUCUGCUGCAGGAGAUUGGCUGGCGGGGGACUAUGCUCAUACAGGCUGGUCUAAUUCUGAACUGCGCGAUAUUCGGCCUGCUAUUCCGGCCCCUGAAGCCUCGACGCGUGCCGCUCACCGAUGACGUCACUCGAUCAGCUGAUGACCAGCAGACGACAAAUGACCUUGAACAGACGACAGAUGACCUUGAACAGGGCGCAGUGCCUCUGCUCAUGCGCAUCAAAAUGGCGCGCCAACUGCAGCAGGCUCGCCAACGCAACGACUCAACAGCCAGCAGCUGUUGUUUGGAACACGAGCUGUUUGUCAGUGAUGCCAACGCUCACAACCGAAUGCUCAACAACAACUCUGUUUAUCCUACUAUCAAACAGGUAUUGGACGGUAGCUAUGAUUCGCUGCAUAUGAGUGCAGGCAACCUCAAGCUGCAUCCGCGUCUCGACGCCGUUCUGCUGACGUCAGCAAACCCCCCACCACCCCCCAUCUACCCGGAGAGCAUCACCGGUGAGCUGCACAAGCCGCAACAUGAGGACGGGAAGAGGGGUAGCAGAUCGCUUACCCCCACCACGGAGACACUUCUGGGUGGAAAUGGAAAUAAUAUGUAUAAAGCAGCCGUGAUUAGCAGACAGCUAAGCAUUACAAGACGUAGCAGCAGUGUGGGACCUGGUGUAAGGUCACGUGCUAUGAGCAACUCUUCGGCAACAUCGUGUGGACGUGUUAGCAACAAAGUUGAUGUGGGAGGUGGCAUUAGGUCUCGUACUAUGAGCAAUUCGUCGGCAACAUCGUAUGGACGAGUUGGCAACAAAGUUGAUGCGACCCUUGGUAGUCGGCCCUUGUAUCGUGAUGAUAUAUUCUAUGCGGGCAGUGUUAACAAGUUGCCUCAGUAUACGUCGCAGAUUAGUGGUUUAGAGUACACACUGUCAGUAACGAGACUGCCAACAUGGAACGACGUGAACGAAGAGGCAGAAAAGGCAUGCCACUUGUGCCCUGAGGCAGUGCGUCGUGCCCUUGCAACACUGUUGGACACAUCUGUGCUGCUAUCACCCACUUUCCUUCUAUUGGCCAUCAGUAGCUCAAUCACCAUGAUGGGGUUUUUCGUGCCGUUUAUGUUCAUCACAGACAGAGCGACGAAUCUAGGAGGCAUGGAGCCAGGCACGGCCACCCUGCUGAUAUCGGCGAUAGGCGUGACGAACACGGUGGGUCGGGUGCUGUGUGGAUUGGUGACCAGUACCCUGCCCAAAGGACUGAGUGCACUGCUCAUCAACAAUGUUGCUCUUACUGUCGGUGGGCUGGCCACCAUUGCUAGCGGAUACUCGUUCAGCGUCGCUUACCAGUUUGGAUAUGCUGCUGUGUUUGGCCUGGCUAUCUCAUGCUUCGCAUCUUUGCGUUCAAUUCUGAUAGUGGACCUGAUAGGACUGGAAAAACUGACCAAUGCUUUCGGUCUUUUGCUGCUAUUCCAAGGCCUGUCUGCUGUUGUGGGGGCUCCACUAGCUGGUCUAUUGACAGAUCUGAUGGGCAGCUAUAAUGCAUCGUUUUACUUCUCAGGAACUCUGAUCCUCAUCUCAGGAAUCAUGUGCUAUCCUCUUAACAGGGUCAACGCCUGGGAAAAACAGAGGCGACAACAAAACUCACCCAAAGUUGUUUGAUAUUGUGCGUCUUCCUACGAGAAAUAUAUUAGAUGACAGCAUCUACGAUGUAUAAUAUAGUGAUUAUCGUGCGUUAUCGUACGAAAUUCAGCUGAUGAUGUAAAACAGUGAUUGAUACUGUUCGUAAGUGAUUUGCGAGGAAUUCAUUAGAUGAAGAUAUCAACAUCUACGAUGUAAAAAAUAUUGAUUGAUUUUUUGCGUCUUCGUACAAAAUUUGCGAUUAUAUUUGAAUUAUAUUAGAUUACUGUUUCUACGAUUCAUGAGAAAUACAUUUAGGGCCGGUUUCCGAGCUCGGGAUUUUGCUAAGUUCUAGACUUUAAACAGCUGGAGUCAGAAAAUUGGCUUUCUGAAACGGGGCGUAGUCACCGUUUUUAUGAUAAUCUUUAUUUUCUCAUUUCUAUAAUUGGAAACGUUUUUCCUUGACGAAAUGAAACAUUCCUAAAUGAUUCAAAAUAGUCUAUCUGAAACUGUACACUAUUUUUCUCUGUAUUCUAUUUUGUGUUCAAUCUUCUAGUUUUUCGAAAUUCAAUUUAAACGUGGACUGCGACUACGCCCCGUUUCGGAAAGCCAAUUUUCUGACUCCAGCUGUUUAAAGUUUAGAACUUAGCUAAAUCCCGAGUUCGGAAACCGGCCCUGAGUUAGAUUACAGCUUCUACUCCGUAAAAUAAUGGAGGAAAACUGUACAGUGAGUAACUUAGUCUGAGGUAUAGAUUGUCUAAAACCAUCUACAAUCCUGUUGAAAAACAGUAUAGAUUGUCUAAAAUCAUCUAGAAUCCUGUUGAAAAACAGUAUAGAUUGUCUAAAAUCAUCUAGAAUCCUGUUGAAAAACAGUAUAGAUUGUCUAAAAUCAUCUAGAAUCCUGUUGAAAAACAGUACAGAUGAACUAAAUCCUGAAAUAAGCUAUAGAUUGUAUGGAAUCAUCUAAAAAAUAUAAAGCGGUCAAUUAUAGACGUGAAAUAUUUGUACAAUAUAGUGCUCACUUAUAACGUCAGGUCACACAACUGUAAAGGUGCGUACAGAUAUACGCGCCGCGAACAUGAGCAAUUCACUUUUAAUCAGUUGAUUAUAUCUGUAUUUUUACAGAAACGGUAAGAUACAGAUAAUUAUA